GACUAACUUCAGUCUGAGAGCGAAAGCGACGGGCAGGACGUGCGCGCGCUCCAAACAGUGCGCCAGGAGCACGAGGGGUACGCUCGAUAGCAACUCCCUGCGACUGAGCCUCGAAACCGCCGCGCCAAACGCCGCCGGCAACAAAAACAAGCCUCAAAGGCAGCCGCCCGAGAAGCGCAGCGAGCCCGCGCCCCUCCGCGCGCGGCGGCGCGAACCCGGACGCUGCGCGGCACGCCCGCCGCCGCGGCCACCGUAAGGCACACCGUAAGGCACAAUGCUCCUCCUCUUCGAGACCGCCGCGGGCCACGCCUUGUACGAGCUCAAGCACGAGGACAAGCUCAAGAAGUUGGAUGCGGACAAGCUCGCGUCGAAGCUGAGCGAGGACCCGAGAAAGGCGCUCUCACUAAAAACCUUCGCGCCCUUUCGAGACACGACGGAGGCCGUGGCCGCCGCGUCCGACUUCGUCGAGUCCAAGCUCAACAAGCAGCUCAAGAAAUUUCUGAAGAAGCAAGUUCCGAACGGGGGCGUCGAGCUCGGAGUUGCGGAUCCUAAAUUAGGUGCCCUCAUCAAGGAGAAGCUGAACAUUCCAUGUGUCGCGUCGUCGUUCGUCAAUGAAUGUUUGCGAGGGGCUCGGUCGUUGGCUAUCGACGGCGACGCCCCAGUUGCCGAUUCACAUGACGUGAGAGCCAUGCAGCUCGGUCUAUCUCAUAGCUUAUCGAGGUACAAGCUCAAGUUCUCUCCAGAUAAAGUGGACACGAUGGUCGUGCAGGCCGUCGGUCUGCUGGACGACCUCGACAAGGAGGUGAAUACCUAUGCCAUGAGGGUCAAGGAGUGGUACGGCUGGCACUUCCCGGAGAUGGCGCGCUUGGUCAACGAUAAUGUGCACUAUGCCGAACUCGUACGAAAGGUUCGCGAUAGGACGAACUUCAAGAACUCAAGGGAUGUGGUCACGGAAAUCCUCGACGACGACGAAACGGCCGCGCAGACUUUGUUAGAUACGGCGGAGAUGUCCAUGGGCACGGAGGUCGAUCCGAGCGACAUGGACCAUGUGGUUGCGUUAGCUGAUCAGGUCGUGGAGCUGUCGGCGUAUCGGACGCGGCUCGCGGAUUACCUUAGAGCCCGUAUGCAGGCCCUGGCGCCCAACCUGACGACUCUCGUCGGUGAACUCGUUGGCGCGCGCCUCGUGCAGCACGCUGGCUCGAUUAUGAACCUCGCGAAGCAGCCGGCGUCGACCGUGCAGAUCCUCGGCGCCGAGAAGGCCCUCUUCCGAGCCCUGAAGACCAAGCAUGAUACCCCCAAAUACGGCCUGAUCUACCACGCUUCCCUCAUCGGCCAGGCUGCGCCGAAGAACAAAGGCAAAAUUGCCCGCGUGCUGGCCGCGAAGUGCUCGCUGGCCGUGCGCGUCGACGCGCUUGGCGAGGGCGACGACGCGUCCCUGGGCAUCGACGCGCGGUCCAAGGUCGAGGCGAGGCUGCGGCAGCUCGAGGGCGGUUCUGUACGUGCUUCUGCCCCCAAUGGCGCGCCCAAGAAGCUCAUCGAGGUCGUCCAGAGCGGCAACGGCGCCGCCGGCUACAGUGCUGCAUCGGAUAUGGUGUUAGAAAAGAAAGAAAAGAAGAAGAAGAAGCGCGACCGCGAGGAGCUGUCGCCCGACGAGGCCGCCGCGAAGAAGGCGCGCAAGGCCGAGAAAAAAGCGAGGAAACUGGCGGAAGCAGCUGCAGCUGGCGGCGAGGGCGAGAAGCCCAAAAAGAAGAAGAAGAAGUCGAAGGACUAGGUCGGG